AUGGACGCCGCUGACCAGCUCGACGACGACAUUGCUGAGCUGCACCGCCGCAUAGCCACGCUCAAGGCCCACCGUGCAAAUCUAUCGUCCGUCUUGUUGUCGCAACCCCACCUGGCGGCGCGUCUACAGCAGGGAAACCAGCGUCAUCAGCCCGCCGACGACGCUCAGCGCAUUAUUGCACAGCAGUCCAGGCGGAACCUCGAAAACGUAUACCGCGCAUGUGCCGGUGUCACUGCCUACAAAGUCCAGGACCCAGACCCCCAUGCAGUGAAUGACGGCAACAUCCUCGGCGUGAGCAUUGAUGUAUCGCUUGCCGAGAGAUUCAUCGACACUUAUCAUGUCUUGUUGAGCGUUGAAGACAGGGAGGGAAAGAAGCUUCUCAAAGUCCACAAGCACACCAUCCCUCCGUGCAUACCACUCCAGCCGCUGGCCGCCAAAUGGCUACCAGGGCGCGGUAAGGAUGAGGAACACGACCCAGAGCAGGACCUCGUGCGCUUCGGGCGGCAACUGCGGAAAGAGCUGGUGAGCUGGAACAUGCGGGUUGCCGCUGUGGAAAGUUUGAAGAAAGAGGCUGGACUAGUAGACAAGAGACGGAGCAGUGAGGACUUGGCAACUGCAUCAACCGGCAAGAUUCUCAACGCUUUCGUAAGCGACGACGAAGCCAGUUCUGAAGUCGAGGAAUCCGAAAAUGAAGAUGGCGCACGCAUUCUGGACAUGGAGGCCGACGCGGCGGUCAGACAAAUCACCAUCACUUGGUCCGACAGACGGACAGCAGUCAUGAGCAUCACCAAAGACGGCCGAAUCGAAAAGGCAGUGUGCAGGACAAGAGACGGCACGCGAGACGUACUACUCAGCAAGAAGGCUAUAGGGCCCAUUGGUGGCCUGGUGCGAAGGUUGUCGUAGGCAAGGCAAGUGGACUACCGAACGUCACCCAACGCGGGGUGCACAUUCUUUGGACUUCAGCGGGAAUGGAACUGCUCUCGGGUCGGUGUACAGGGAGUCGAGGUUCAUUUCGAUACCCGCCACUGCCAGUCUUAUCAUAUGUAUCAACAUGGCCUCUCUUCGUUCCUCGCGUCACGCGGCUCCCCC